AGAACUGGUAUGGCGCACUCUGCAGACAGCCUCACUCUAAAGCUCCCUUCAUCUCUGUUCCCUCUGGGGCCGGGGCUGCCUCGAGCCAGAUGGAGACACUGGGCCUCACUGCUCUUCUCUGACAUUGGCAGCGCCUGCCCCUCCCCAGGCAUGGCUUCGUGCCCACCUACCUGCUUCCCACCGUCAUUCGCCCCUUUGGCUUCUGUCUCAGGGGGGCCCUGGGAAGUGGGCUCUUCUGCCCCUGCCAAGGGAGGUCUGGGAGGGUGGUCUCCGAGAGGCCUGAGGCUACAGGCCGAGGGCCUGGGGGAACCCCUUUCCCCCAGGCUACUCUCUGUCCUGCCUGCCAGGUCCUACAACGAAUCCUGCUCUCCUGACCCCACUGAGCAAGGGGGCCCCAAGACCUGCUGCACCCUGGACGAUGUCCCCCUCAUCAGCAAGUGCGGCACAUACCCCCCAGAGAGCUGCCUCUUCAGCCUCAUUGGCAACGUGGGUGCUUUCAUGGUGGCCCUGAUCUGCCUCCUGCGCUACGGGCAGCUCCUGGAGCAGAGCCGUCAUUCCUGGGUCAACACCACGACGCUCAUCACAGGCUGCACCAACGCUGCGGGCCUGGUGGUGGUGGGCAACUUCCAGGUGGAUCACGCUAAGUCUCUGCACUACGUCGGAACCGGCGUGGCCUUCACUGCCGGGCUGCUCUUUGUCUGCCUGCACUGUGCCCUCUCCUACCAUGGGGCCACUGCCCCCCACGACCUGGCUGUGGCCUACCUGCGGAUCGUGCUGGCAGCCAUCGCCUUUGUCUCUCUGAUCCUCAGCGGGGUCUUCUUCAUCCACGAGAGCUCUCAGCUGCAGCACGGGGCAGCCCUAUGCGAGUGGGUGUUUGUCAUCGACAUCCUCAUCUUCUACGGCACCUUCAGCUAUGAGUUCGGGGCAGUCUCCUCGGAGACACUGGUGGCCACACUGCAGCCCGCCCCCGGCCGGGCCUGCAAGUCGUCCGGAAGCAGCAGCACCUCCACACACCUCAACUGUGCCCCUGAGAGCGUCGCCAUGAUCUGAGGUCUGGGGAGGGUGGCUGGCCCGGCCUCCGCAGCUCCCCACCCCGUUAUCUCCUUCGCAUUUAUUUUGUACCAAAAAACGAUUUUGAGAAAGUAUUCUGUUGGGACAGAGGCUUCCUCGCUCCUGGAGGAGUGGCCAUCCCACACCCACCUGUGCCAUACAGGAGCGGGCCCUGGCGGCUGCCCAAGCUGCGCACAGCCUGCUCCCCACACCACAGUGUUAUUUUUAUGUUUUAAAGGUCACGUAUCCUCAUUCACCCAGCCAGCCCUUCAGGUGCCUUCUACUCCCCCAGUGCCACUGGGGUUUCCUGCUGCAGGAAUUGGGGGCUGGGAACAGCAAGAGGGACAGCAGUCUGGGGGCGGGGGUGAGCACUCCUUAGUCUGUGGGAAGGCCCACUUCUGGGCCCACUGAGCUGCACUGGGAUUCUUCACUCUGUCCCUUUCUUUAGGGCAAAUAACACAGCAGAACCACGUGGGUAUUUUAGUACUUUUUUUUAUAUAUAUAUCUAUUAAAAGAAUUCUAAUUUG